GGCUGUGGGGAUUUGUGUUCAUUCAGCUACAAGAGCAUUAGUGAGGUCAGGCGCUGAUGUUGGGAUGUCGAGGAGGUCUGGGGUGCAGUCGGUGUUCCAGUUCAUCCCAAAGGUGUUCAGUGGGGUUGAGGUCAGGGCUCUGUGCAGGACACUCGAGUUCUUCCACUCCAACCUUCACACACCAUGUCUUCAUGGAGCUCGCUUUGUGCACAGGGGCAUUGUCAUGCUGGAACAGGUUUGAGCCUCUUAGUUCCAGUGAAGGGAAAUUGUAAUGCUACAGCAUACAAAGACAUUCUAUACAAUUGUGUGCUUCCAAGUUUAUGGGAACAGUUUGGGGAAGAACCACAGAUGGGUGUGAUGGUCAGGGGUGCACAUACAUUUGGCCAUAUAGUCCAACUAGAAAUGUUUGAUAAUUGAAUUGUUGGAAAUUGUCAUGUAUAACCUCUUCUAGCGAAGGCGGGAUCUGUCACUCAGAGAGCUGACCAAUGGUAUCGCUCCAAUCACCGCUGCGCCCAUGUUUGAGUCCAAUCACCGCGCUCUUUCCACCUGCCUGUCAGCGCCAAACGCAGCCAAUGGCGUGCGCCGGGAGGCGGGACAUGGAAGCGAAACGGUCGCCUGGUUGCAUCCUUCCGUGAUGCUGCUGUUUCUGCUCUAGCGUAUUUUUCAUGACCGAUUUUAAUUGCGGAGUUUUCGGAGAGCUCCGACAGGGACGGGACCGACGUGUUAUCCGCGGAAGAGCCGUAACCAGGGCGGAAAUCGGGCCGAAGCACGGCGCUGAGGGGCCGCGGGGCCCGGGCUCGCUCCGGCCUGAUGCGGAUGGAUGGUGCGCGGCGGCCCUGUAACCUGAGCUAACGCGCUUAAAACCGGGGCUGAAUCAUCCGCGUGCUUUCCUUUCAAACAAACCGGUUUCUCCAAAAUCCUUUCGUUUCUCCACAUCCGGACUGUUGGAGAGAAAAUCCAGCCGGUGUCCAGCGCUUGGACUCCCAGUCAUGGGCAACACGCCGGCCGCCAGGAGGGGAAACGAGAUGGAGAGCGUUAAAGAGUUCUUGGCCCUCGCCAGGGAAGACUUCCUCAGGAAAUGGGAGAAUCCUGCUCAGAAUACAGCAUCUCUGGAUCAGUUUGAUUUGCUGAAGACUCUGGGAACAGGCUCGUUUGGCCGUGUGAUGCUCGUCAGGCACCGGGAGAACGGCCAGCACUACGCCAUGAAGAUCCUCAACAAGCAGAAGGUGGUGAAGUUGAAGCAGAUUGAACACACUCUGAAUGAGAAACGCAUCUUGCAGGCUGUCAGUUUUCCUUUCCUAGUACAGCUUGAGUACUCCUUUAAGGAUAACACUAACCUGUACAUGGUAAUGGAGUAUGUUCAGGGAGGAGAGAUGUUUUCACACUUGCGCAGGAUCGGCAGGUUCAGUGAACCUCAUGCUCGGUUUUAUGCAUCUCAGAUAGUUCUGACGUUUGAGUAUCUUCACGCUCUGGAUCUCAUCUACAGAGAUCUGAAACCAGAAAACCUCCUCAUCGACCAGCAGGGCUACAUACAGGUGACAGACUUUGGCUUUGCAAAGCGUGUUAAAGGUCGCACAUGGACGCUGUGUGGCACGCCUGAGUAUCUGGCUCCAGAGAUCAUCCUAAGUAAAGGUUAUAAUAAAGCGGUGGACUGGUGGGCUCUGGGCGUGCUGGUGUACGAGAUGGCAGCCGGGUAUCCUCCGUUCUUCGCAGAUCAGCCAAUCCACAUCUACGAGAAGAUCGUCUCAGGAAAGGUGCGCUUUCCCUCACACUUCAGCUCGGAUUUGAAGGAGCUCCUGCGCAACCUGCUGCAGGUCGACCUCACCAAGCGCUACGGCAACCUGAAGAACGGUGUCAACGACAUCAAGGGCCACAAAUGGUUCUCCACCACUGACUGGAUCGCCAUCUACCAGAGGAGGGUGGAGGCUCCGUUUAUCCCUAAGUGCAGGGGUCCGGGGGACACCAGCAACUUCGACGACUAUGAGGAAGAGGAGAUCCGAGUGUCCCUCACUGAGAAGUGUGCUAAAGAGUUCGCCGACUUCUAGCGCAGCCGAAUGAGAUGAGCGAGCGAGAAUUAGCAUGAUGGAUGUUUUUUUUUUCUGUGUGUAGAAUCAGUGCGAGCAGCUAAAAGGAGUACAGUGACGAGCCGGAAGGACAGACACCGUUGCCUUCGCCAUCCCGUUUCCUCGUCCACGUUUAUCACGUUUAUUGUUACUCUUUUAUUUUGAUCUACUUGCGGUUCGUCAUGGCGACAGGGACGCAUUCGAUGAGUCCUCACCUCAGGAGCGCUCGACUCCGCCCAUCAUCUCCACCACAGACUGUUGCAUAAUAAGUGACGUUUUCAUGCUUUGUGCUUCUUUUAGGCCUGAGUGUUGCUGUACUGUUUUAAUGCAUUGAAAGGAUGACGCUGAGAAAAAGCCAUGAUUCUAUAAUGUUUAUAGUGUCGAGUAUAGAGCUUAUUAUGAUAUUAUUAUUAUUAUUAUUAUUAUUAUUAUUAGUCCCUGGAUCUGCCUGCGUCUCGGCGUGCUGCAUUGAUCAGUCUCUGAAGUGUCACGUAUGAAAAAUGUGCCAUGAGAUCAGAGCUCGAUGACAGAGCUUGAUGGUUGUUUAGUUGAUUAAUGGUUUUAACACGUCCACUGAAGUCCAGGAGCGUGUGCACUCUGCGCCCUUUAAUAUGUGGGAGGUGACGGAGAAAAGAACCUGACAGUACACUUUCAUUUACACCUUUAUCCUGAAGGGAUUUUUGUUUUUGUUUGUGAACAGCUGUUUCAGUGCUGCUGGAUUUUAUCAGGAUGUUAAAUUCAGUUUCGAGUUUCGAUUCUUCAGCUCUACAAGCUGAUUCUACGAACACAUCGCCGUGUGUAAAUUCGAUACGCCAUAUUGCUCAGAAAACGAAUGAAAGCUUUUUAUUUGUACGUUAUAUGAGUUGUGAUGUCACAAUCGCACCAACAUAGUCCGUUUCGGCUAUAUUCGCAUCACAAAGAGACAUUUGUGCUGUUUUAGGCUGCUUUCACGCUUAGCGUUUUCAUUUAUUUGUGUAUUUAAUUUUAAAAAAUGCAUCACAAUUCAAAAACAAAAAAUUGGUGUUGUUUACAGUUGGAACUACGAUGGUAUCUGAAUGAAUGAAAAUACAGGAAAUAACAGGCCAGAGCGUCUUUUGUGCCGAUAUGAAAAAAGCAACUCACGCAAUAUGCACACUGUAAUCAUAACAACGUUCCUACCAGUCCUAGCUAGUGGUGGCUAACUAGCCUAGCCUGCUCUUUAGAUUAGAGUUUUUAUUAUCAGUGAUGCAGAUGGAAUACAGAUGGUGUGAAUCUGGAGAUGAAGAGCUUAUUUGCCUUCGCUGUAGUUAUGGAGGCAGAAAAUCAAGAGAAUCUCCUCAUAUUCCUUAAACUCACCCCCAACUUACAACCUGAUUGGUCUCACAUUGGGCACUUGAUGUCAUUCAGUGUUUUUCUGAAAUGUUUUUCUGAAACAGGUUCUGUUGGGGCCAAAAAAAAAAAAAAAAACGCCAAAGGCAACUCUUUUUUAAAGUGUCUGACUUCUGCCUGCCUUGCUGACGGAUUACAUAUGAGAAAGAAAAAAAAGAGUGUGAAAGCAGCCUAAUUUAUUUACUUAUUAAGCAAUAUUUUUAAAUGAAUAGUGUAACGCUGCGGGCUAUCAACGUUCAAAUAACCGUGAGUGGCAAUCAGAUCAGUGUCACCAAUCACAGCUCAGGUGAGCUCAUGAAUACAGAAUUAGCGCUGUCCUCAGCUUCGUAUGUCUCGAAGGAUGAACCUGUUAGUCCUCACCAUCCCGGAUUGGUAAUUGGAGUCUCAGUGGAAAUUUGCUAAGAAAAUUCAAUUGUACUAUGUUUGUGCCUUCAAAAGAAACUUUUGUGCUAUUUUACGUCUUAAAUUUAAGCAGUAGCACGUUGUUUUAAAGCUGCGCUGUCCCUCUUCAAUACUUUGGUGCAAUUGGAAUGUUGUGUUGAAGGUUUGCUGAAUGAUGUGACUCAUUUUAAAAGUUCAGUGUAACAAAUUGAGGAAUCGCAGAGCACAAAUGUGUUGACGGCACAAUGCUAGUGCUAAUGGACGAGGUUGUUUUGGUGCGAAUGGAACUUUGAUGUUGUGCCGAGUGACGUUACGAGUCACGUAUUUGUAAUGGCUAAAUCUUUUGAAAACCACACACUGAAAUGGUAAACGGUGUUUGCUUUCUAAAGGUGUUUUUACAUAGAAACUUUUAAGGGUUAGUUUUAACCAGGUAACCUGCUAGUUUUAAGCAGGGUUUAGAAGCGACAUAAAGACUUCAACGGCUCAAACGCAGCACAAACAGAUUGCUCUUUUAUUUGUUUUCUCUUUAUAUACUGAAUUGCUCUAGUCUCACCAUUUAGUGAGGGGGAAAAAAGCAUGACUGACUUGGAGAUCCACAAAUCCAGUUAUCCUCAGGUUAUCCACACUAAGCCAACAGCAUCCUGUCAGGUCUGUCUGCAGAUCACAGAGCACAGCAGGUGUAUGUUCGAGCGUAUUUAUGGAAAUUUGGGCGUCGGUGAUUUUACGAGAGCAACACUGAGUGGGCCAUAGAUGUGAAGGCGGGUGUGUCUUUGAGUCAGUACAUAAAAGCCAUCAAAUAUCCAUUUUUCUUGGUCCGCUAGAUAACAGGAACUAACCUGACAGGAUUUCUGAAAGGAUUUUUACACCAUAUAUAAACAUUUUUACACCAUAUAUAAGCACCAUCAUAAACGUUCAUAGAACACGUGAGAGAACCUUUGAAUGCAAUCAUUUCAAACUAAUUUUUAAAUUCUGUGUGCCACUCAAACAUUUGAAUAAGUUGUUCAUGUUUGGGUUCAUAUGGGUUUAAUGACACGCCCACUGGUCUGCAGACAGAUCUUCCUCCAUGAGCAGGAAUGUGUGGGAGGUGAAAUGAGCUGUAGAUUGGAAGAGAGAAUGUGGUGACGGUGCACUGAGUAUUUCCUACAUGUUAUUUACAUUCAGGUGCCCAGGCAAAGCAAUUUGACUUGCAUUUGAAUGAUUGUGAGAGGACAAGUCCAAUGUCAUGCCAAAAUGAACAUGUUUCUACAGUUUCAUUUUGAACCCUGACUCUCCUGAGCCUGAGCCUGUUGGUGUACAUCUUUCUUCCCUUUUUUAAACUCCAUAAAUCAUUUCCUUAGCUGGUAAAGUCUGUUCUUCCUCGGCAGACGGGUAAAGUGAAACUGGCUUCUUUUGGGUGUUCUGAAUUUUAUAAUACUCAAGUCUGUUAACUCUCCAGAUUCCACAGCGUCAUUUACCGACUGAAGACACGGCGGAGUGCUCUGGUGAUAUUUUGCACCACAAGAAUCAUUCCAAUAAAGUUUUACUUGUGUAAAUACCACACUUGUGACGCCUUUUAAUUUGCUUUCAUUGAAGGAACUAUAAGGUGAAUUCAGAUAUACUGGGACAGUGUUUUUUUUUUUUAUUUCCACCUUGUCUAAGCUUUCUUGCCAUUAAUAAAAAGCAACUAAAAAACAACAAAAUCCCCCAACACAUGACACAUUUCUGAAAUCCUCAAAGUGUUGAUAUUCUACAUGUGAAAGAAAAAUGUUUAUAUCAUAUUUUAAAUAAGAAUGACUUAGCAUUUUAUCAGAACUGACUGAUAACCAUUGUUAAUGACAAGUCUGGUAAU